CAGGCUGGUUAGGCGGGAGGAGGGAUACGGUGCUGAGCCCCGCUGCGAGGAAGACUGCACAGCCUGGUGUCACCUACAGCCCCCUCACCUCAGAGAUCAGCUGAAGGCUCUCCCCAGAGCUGCCCCCCACCUCUCCAUCGCUGCUCAUCGCUCUGCAGUCCUCGGACCCACGGGAGGCGCCUUUAUGUGUAAACGAUUUUGAAAUACUGCUUUAAGCACCAUGGGGAACACUGUUGGAAAAAAAGACCACAUCAAUGACAAUCCCACCAAGAAUGCCAGAGAUAAUGUGGAAGAAGAGAAAACAGUGAUUCAGUCAGGGGAAACAGUCCAGGAAUCUGACGAUAAUGACGUCUUUGCAGAUGUGAACCAGAACAAUGGAACCUCCUCUAAGGGCACGGCGGUGACUGACUCCACAAGCACAGAAGACCCCAAGAAUGACUGGAAGGAUGCCAACCCAUCUGACUCUGCCUCUCGCCCACAUCUGAUCCGCCUCUUUUCCCGAGAUGCACCAGGAAGAGAGGACAACACCUUCAAAGAUCGGCCCUCUGAGUCAGAUGAGCUUCAAACCAUCCCAGAGGACAGUGCACCAACUUCACAAGACUCGGAUUUGAUGGCAUCACAGAAACUGUCUCGGCACGGAUCAAAGCAAAUGGCAACAGCAAGCACCUCAGAUCACUCUAGGCAUGGGUAUGGAGCCCAUGGAAGGCACAGGGACUCGGGUCUUCUUGACUCACUGGGCAGGUUCUUUGGAGGGGAGAGAGCUGUUCCUAGGAAGGGAUCAGGAAAGGUGAGCUCUGAGGAAUAGAAAGGAAACUAACAUGGGAUUAAAGUGGAAAACAAUGUAUUAGGUUUGUCAAAGAAACUGUCAUAGCUGCAAUUGUUAGUAACUAUGUAGAGCAUAAGUACUGUUCAUGUAAGUGGGUUAUUGCUUGCUGAUGCAAUUUAGCUUCUAAGGCCCAGAUUUUUGUUUCAGGUACAGAUAAAUACAUAUAUAUAUAUAUAUAUGUAUAUGUAUAUUGCUGGCUUGUUUUCCUUUUUCAGAAGAGUAUUGGUAAAGUUUAGCUUGGUUCCAGAUGUGGCUUUAGGAACAGUCUUGUCCAACUGCAUUAACUUUAAACCUCAUAGACGCGAUUGUGACUUCUCUGGCAAUUGGCUUUGUGCGUUCAUGUAUUAUAGAUUUUAUAUGCUGUUUGAACCUUUCUGUCCAGAGCUGUGGAGUGCCUUAUACCCUGCAACACACGCUUCAAAGCUUCAGUUAUUGUUUUCCGUUUUUUAAAUUAUUACUGCAAAAUAAACCCCAAAAAAGUAAUAUAACUGAUAACUGACAGAUAAAGAUAAAAUGAAUGAAUCAAAAUGCAAAACAGUGUAACUGCACAUUUUGGUUCAAUAAUCAGUGAAAAUCAAUGUUUUUGCACAUUGCUCUUUCACUCAGAGUUUAUGUGUCAAGCAUUACAUUUGGAUUUAAUGAGAAGUCUCUCACCCGGGCAGCCGGUAUGCACAAAUUGCAUUGGCCUUUUUAGCUUAUUGUUAUGCAUAUGAUAAAACGAAAGCAUAUUAUCUUUAUUUUUCUACGUCAAACAUAAUUGUGUGUAAUCUUCAGUAUUGUGUUCAUUUAGAUUAGAAGAUGAGUUUUAUUACAGAAAAGCAAUUAUAUAUGUAUAUGCCUACAACAUGUAAAUUGUCCAUAUGUAUGCAAAUAUUUCUAUUAGAUACCUUUGUUUGAUUUAGGAACAAGUAUAUGCUCCUGCCGUCGGAAUCUGCUUUCGGCAUUCUAGAACAUUUCAACCCAUUCAUUUAAUUAAGGUGCUUAUUGUAGACUUGCUGGGAUGAACUGACUCGUAUAUAUAUAUACCUGCAUAGACAUACAUUUUUGAUUGUUGCUAGGCUUCCCAGUCCCACUGCCUAUGAUAAAACUGUUUGAAUGUGGAGUAUGUUUUUCUAUUAAGUUUAAUAAAAAUAGCUAAUUUAUGGGACUGUGCUUUUUUAUCUGCCAUAAUUUUCUGGGCAGCACAGUAAGUAGUAGGAGCCCUAAGAGCUCACUCGGAGCUUUCACUCUGUGAUGAGGAAACCUCUGGAGCCAUUACUAAACAUACUGAACAUGAUGAAAUAUCAUACCUGUGUGUCUUAAACUCUCCUCUUCCCAAAGCCUUUGAUCGGAGACUGUUACGUGUGUUUUGGUGAGAAAUCUCAUGUGUAACAUAAGCCUUACUGUUAGUGCUGCUAGAACUUUAUCUCAGGAUUCAUACGGGGGGCUAUAGAAGAUGUGAUGCCUUUUAUGGGGCAGCGUAACAAGGGAAGUGAGAUGUUCAGUAGCAGUUUGUGCUGCAGAGGUUUCUGUAUCCUUUGGGAAUUCAUCAGUAACAAUAAUGUGCCUGGGAAAUCUAGGCACCCAAAGGAAUGAAACCAUGGCAUGUUAAGCAUGUUAGUAACAGAUACGGCCGUAAGAAUAGAAUGUUCCUUUUAUUCACUCUUUGAAACUGCUAAACUGGUGAUGGGGGGGUCAGAAAAUUGCAUGUGUUAAUGUGAUUUGUAAUAAUGGGCAUUUAGCAUGCACACUGAAUAUAUAAACCCAUAGAGAGCAGUUGGGGGUUUGGACUGCAAAAGUGCAUCUUAAGUUUCUAAAGGUGCGCCCUCAUUUGUUCAUACCAACUAACCUGGCAUGUUGUGGCAUUUCCCUUGCUGUGUUGAAAUACAUUCUGCUGAGCAUUUACUUUAAAUUCAGCUGAAUAAAACCCUGCUUUUACUGGAGAGCCAGUCGCACAGGAGUAGGAUGGCAAUGCCAAAACAGGGACAGGACAGCAAGCUGUAAAUACUGCUUAUGGCCUUUUGCCUUUUAAAUAUACAAUAAUUCUGGAUUUAAUUAAGUUAGUAUGAAUAGACUGACAGACAAAGAGUUAGUAAAGCUCUGAAAGUAACUAAACAAAGCAGAUGUUGGGAGGAUUAUUCUAAUCGAUAUACAUGUCUAUAAAGAGCUGCCAAUAUGUAUUGUCUUAGUAUAUAGAUAUAGGUAUAAAAUGUAUGUGUAAUUCUAUGUUAACACUCCAAGUGAACAUAUAUGUAAAACCCUUUGGGCAGUCUUUCUAUUGGGGCUUUGCUCUCAUCUAGGGGACUUGAUUGCCAAAACUGGUGUCAUGUAUCCUUGGUACAUGUAAGUGCUGUAGUUCCUCUCUGGGCUAUGUGAGAGUAUGAGACACAUGCAGGUUAUAUUAGCCCAUUACUAGGCCCGGAGCUUGCUCCUCCCACACCUUAAUGUGUGCAUGUGGGACAGCAAAAACAUUCUCUCUGCAUUUUAUAGAUGCAGCUGCUAAAAGCAAAGAACCUCUACGGGUACAUGUACAUAAACGUUAAACUGUCAUAGGCAAAUAUAAAUGCAAGCAUCCAUAACGAGAUAUUGACUGGAAAACUGCAGUUUGCCUGUCUCUGUGCUAUACACUGCCAGACAACCCGCUUAUACCCAAGACUAGCAUUAGCAGGGCAUUCCAGCUGGGAAUUUGGUUUGAUGCCCAUGUGUGUAUGCUUUUCCUUCUACUGGAUCUAGAUUCACAUGCUUUGAUUUGAUAAUAUGAAUUCAUUACAGCAGAACUAACAUUAGAUGGAGAGCUUUUAUAAAUAUCUCACAGACAAAAUCCAUUAAAAACUGGACAUUCUCAUUGUAUUUAUUGCUUUCAGUGCUGCCUUUACCCUUCCCUGCUUCUAACAAGGACUCCUCAAGCGAGCGGGUCAUAAAAAUUCCGCAAUCAGGCUCCCACAGAACUGACUUAUGCAAUGUAAUUAGAACGUGUCCCUUGUGCAAUCAAGGGCACAGCAUUGUUAGCGUUAUUAUAGUGACCCAUUCAUCUCGGCACUCUUCAGUACAAGCUGUCUAUUUGUUUCACUGGCUUGUUUCAUCACUGACAAGUGGCACAAAUAUGUUCUUUAAAAAAGAGCAAAUUUAGAACUGUUACCAUCUGAAGCUGCCAUUAGGUUGGAAAAUGAAUUGCCCGCCACUCUCCAGCGUACAACUUAUUUUAUUCAUUGGGUUUCAAUAGAACCUUGAUAAAUAAAUACAUAAAAAAACAGUACUUUAAAAUAGAGGUUUUUGGCAAAUGCAGCGUGGCAUAGUCGUGAGCAAUUAUAUUCAGGAUUUUAAGACUCCAGCUAGAAGUAAUUAUGUUCAAGGCUACAUCUAGCUGGUAUUUCAUUCUCUAGGAGACAAGGCACAGGGAGACUGGCAGGUUUAUUUUUCCAGUGGCGAUUUUAGUGGCAUGGCACGUGCAUCUAUACUAUUUCAACUGGCAUGAUGCUCACUCAGGAAAUCUCAGCAUGUUUUUCAAACACCCUUUAAUAUGAUCUCAGGGCACUAAUGAAAUGAGCUCAUAGUGACAAGAUGACCUAUACUGGAAUAUUAGGGAGGGACACACUGGUUGAUCUUUUUAAGCUUCUGUCAAGCUUAGUUUAUAAGUGUCGGGAUGGACUGCUAAAAUAUUCUAUGCUUAGCAUCUAUAUAUGUAACCAGUGCCUGGCUGGGACGAUAUCCCAAAUGCAUUAUUAAACAUGUUUAGUAGUCAGGACGCCUGCCAGCAGUGCUGUAUUGUUGUUUUGGCACCUGGAAGUGGUGACAACUGCAAGACACACAGUUGUGCUCAUUUUAUGAACACUUGCCAUUAACCCACAGCAUCAAGUCAAACAUUUGCUUUCAAUUUUAUACCUGCUGAUUGGCUGACUGUGUAGGUGCAUAAUUGCUGAGUGUUCAUAAAUAUGCCACAUUGUUUUUUAUAGCCCUGGGGUAGCCUACAUGUAUUGACCUACACAGUAACUCCUUUCUGCCCUCCCUGUAGUGGUAGGGUCUCCACUGGAACUACAGACACUGUGCACGUGAACUAGAAAUUUUGCUUUGCGUUAAGGUUUCACUGUUCUGGGGCAGGCACAGGAAGCCUGGAGGGUUGCACCUACAAAAAGCGUAAUGCUAGUGGCUGAGCGAGACCUUGCAUGCUGAGAGUAGAGCAGUAAGGAAGGAAUGCUCCCCUUCUGUCUGCAUCUUACUUCCAGCAUGGAAACCCAACAGCCUUUGCCUACCACUCCCAGUAUCCCUAGCCUUGCUGUUAGGGGGCGCUCUUGUAGUCUCUGCAGCAUCUGCAGUCUUUGGAUGCUCAUGACUCCUUUCUUAUUUGACAAACUGCUGUGAUUCCUUUGAUUUACAUUUCUCCACCUUUUUUUUCCUCUGGGGGAGCAAAUAGCUACAGCCCCCUUCUGCCCCAUGAAUUGUGCGCUGUGACUGGCAGAUUCCAUCCCUGCCUGUGUAGGGCCCCAAAUUGGCUUAUUUCCACCAGAAAAGAAACCACCAUGUUGGACAUUAGUCUUUAGUGUUUAAUAUGGUAUGAAAUGAAAUCAUUUUAUAACUCUUUUUAUAAUAUGUACAGGAAAGCUUUUAUGUAAUGAAGAUUUUAUUUUAUAAUCCAUGUACUGCUUAACCCGCCAUUACAUUAAACAAGCUUGUUUGAAUGGUCUGCUUAUAAUAACAUAAUUAAGUAAUACAGUCAUUCUUCUAUAACCUUACUAGAUACAAAAUGGAAUGUGUACCAGAUCUGUUUUGUUGUAUGAUAUGUUAACAUGAUUAAUGUUAAAUUCUUCACUUUGUAUGUAUUGUUCUAAUAAACCCUAAUUGUUCCAAGCA